AUGGCUCCUCAUUUCAACUCUCUGGUCCUGGCAAUGCUAGCACUAGUGCUGGUGGCCAGCAUUAACACAGAAGCAAGAUUCGGUACUCGUUGGCGGAUUCUAGACCCAUACGACCCCAGUCGGAUUGAACUUGGAGAAUUGGCAAUCGAUUUGUACAACAAGCAGGCAAAGACCAACUUAGUAUUUGAAACAGUGGGAGAAGUAUAUACCCAAUAUUUCAAUGGCGAAAACUAUAGGGUGCAUCUUAUAGCAAAGAAGGGCAAUAAGCUUGAGCAGUAUUGGGCAUUUUUACACCAACAUCCUUUUGAUAAUGUCACAACAUUGGUAUCCUUGGAAAUUUCACCUCCUUAUUUGGCUCCACUUCCUCUCCACAUAGUCCACUGGUUAGGGAAGUGA